CCUACAUUCCAUCUCCUACCAACACCCAACUGAUCACAUUUGGUUUACUUUAUUAGAAACUCAAACUCAUAUACAUACAUAUAUAUAUUUAUAUAUAUAGUUUAUUAUCUUUCUCACAUAAAUACCUAUCCUUUCCCUUCCAAAAACCACAGCUACAAUUAAUAAUGGAUCUAAGAGACAUUGGAGCUACACUGCCUCCAGGGUUUAGAUUUUACCCAAGUGAUGAGGAGUUGGUGUGUCAUUAUCUCUACAAAAAGAUAGCAAAAGAAGAUGCUAUGUUGGUGGAAAUUGACUUGCAUACUUGCGAGCCAUGGCAGCUUCCCGAGGCGGCGAAGCUUAAUUCAAAUGAGUGGUACUUCUUCAGCUUUCGGGAUCGGAAGUAUGCCACCGGCUAUCGGACCAAUCGGGCUACGACUUCUGGAUACUGGAAAGCCACCGGAAAGGAUCGAAUGGUGCAUGAUCCGACGACUGGUGGCAUUGUCGGGAUGAGAAAGACACUGGUUUUCCAUCGAAAUAGAGCUCCUAAAGGUAUUAAAACUGGCUGGAUCAUGCAUGAGUUUCGCCUUGAGACCCUACCUCCUAAGGAAGACUGGGUGUUGUGUAGAGUAUUUCACAAAAGCAAGGGAUCAGAGGACAACAGCAACAAUGAUCUUAGCCCGCAAAAUGAGUUUGAAACCCUAGUUGGUGACAUUUCUCCAAAUUUGGCUUCAUCUACUCUUACUCAUGUCCACCAAGGUACCUUGCCUUGUGGGUAUCAGCAAAUCACAUCAUUCUUGCAAACCCAACCCCAUGAUCAAAGUCACAACCCUAGCAAUAGUACUACUAUCCUAAAUAUAGCCACGUUAAACCCUAGUUUUCUGGAUUUAGCUCAUGAGACAAACAAUAUUGAUCAUGUUGAUGAAAUGAAUUCAAGGUGCGAGCUGGAUGAAUACGAGUACGAGUUCUUGUUUGAUAUGGGUUUUGGAGAAAGCAGCUGCUUGGGUGGUGAUGGAGUGCUGCCUCCAAGUUUAGAGGAUCAUAUGAGAUUUGAUGAUGAUCAUAAAAGUACUAUAGUUCUUUGUUGAUAAGAAAACACAAGCCGAUUGUUUAUUUGUGCAUGAUAAUACUGUGGUGGUGAAUAUUUUUUUUAUUUUAUUUUAUUUUAUUUUAUUUUUUUUUUAAGGUACAAUUCAUGUUUGAUUGGAUCUUUAGAAGAUUGGUUAAAUAUAGAGAUAUGUAUAGGUAUUGAUCAAUACUAGCUUUGUAUUUACAUGUAUUGGCUAUAAAUUUGAUUACAUUCUUAAUUAUAUAUAUAUAUGCUCUUUUUUUUUUUCAUGCAAAUUUUCU